GGUAAUGCCAAUUAUGGUAAGGAUUAAGUAAAAUACGACAAUAUAAGAAAAUAAAAUGGUUCUAGCCAUAAUUGGCCUUCAACCCAGGCCAUAACAUACUUGAGUUGGCAGGGUAUAAAAUCAAUAGGCCGUUUCACAGUGGGGAGGGGGCGUUGCGUGACGACCGACGGGAGACUAGUCGAAUUCCUAGAAGACUUCAAUCUCAUAGUCGCGUCCACUGUUGACGAAAUUUCUGUCAGAAAUCCUAAAAGUGGGAGUGCUCGCGACUACUGCUAGCAGUCAAGGAAAACUGAUACAUAUACGUACCAACAAUGUUACGUGGUCGUGGUCGUGCCGGAAUUUUUAGAGUUCUAAGAAACUCACGCGAGAUAGACUCAGCGAGGAAGCUGUUGUACAAAGUCUACGUCGAGGAAUUAAGUUGGAAAUUCAUGCCUAAUAAUCCCAGUGGAAUUCAUGUACAACAACUGGCAAGCGGUGAAAAGAUGCUUUGUGACCACUUUGACGAUGAAGCGGUAUGGAUAGGCACGUUUAAAGGCCAGGAACUCGCUGGAGUGUCAAGAAUACUAACCCGAGAGAAUAAAUUUGGCAAACUUGAUGUGGAGUUGUAUGAGUCGAGUAAGAAGCCUUCGACCCUCUUUAGAUUGAAAGAGCCAUGCAUUGAAAUUCAAAGGAUUGGCAGCUUAAAGCAACGUAGAAGAAAGCAUAAAUUUUUAGCAGGAAUACUAUUCUUUAACCUGGGUUUUGCUAAAACAAGAAGAUCGAAUGUCCUGGUUAAUAGUAGUUUGAAAUAUAUACGCGUUUCUUUGGAGAACUUUGGCUUUGAAUGUAUUGACGAUAAAUUUUUUUACGGUGAAGAAAAUGAACUACCUUCUUCUCUUUAUUUGUUGUCUUUUUCUAAGAUUGACGACGCCAUAAAGAAGUUGAAAGAUCGUGUAAUCCAGUGACAAAACGGGUAAAGUCAAAAUUGAUCGUGAAAGAUAUAAAAUUGAACUUGGUGAACAUAUUGUUUUUAGAAAUAAAGUGAAGUCAAGCAUGUUAGGGUGGAUCCAAACUAAUUCAGAGCUAAUUUUGGACAAUUUUAUUGUAGCUCGCUUCGCAAAACUAGUACGUUUAAUAAUUUAACUGACUUUUUCAUUUGUCGUACUUUACAAAAUGUAAUUAUCCUAUGCAAAUUUAUUGGAUAUUAAUAUUCUGCCGCAAUUAUAAUAAUUUAAAAUAGUAUUCCCACGUACUUUCCGGUCCCUGGGGUAUUGAAGGGGUUGCUCAUUGGUUGGGAACUGAUGUCGACCCUGGCACAUCCUUAGCACUUCGUGCUGGAUUCGUUUCCGGUCGGAGUGGGCAUCUAUAUCUAUCCAUAUACAGUCGACUCUCCCGUAAGCGACCACCUCGGGGCCAGGAGAAAGUGGUCGCUUACGGGAGAUGGUCGCUUACGAGAGUUAACACAGGAAGCCCAAACAAUGGGAAUCCCAACACCGGAAGCCUAAAUUCUUUAUAAGUUUGUAACUCACGUGUAAAAACUACUGUAUUAACGAUUAAACUGUUUUAAUCAAAA